GGUCUCAGCCCUCCCCCCGCACCGAGAGCGCCUCGUCGCGGGGCGCCCGGCCGGGACGCCGGGCACGGAGCGGUGAGGAGAGGCCGGGCGGGGAGCCCCGCGCCAGGAUUUGUGUGUGAUCAGCAUUGUGCUGUACCACAGUGAAGAGGUAUUUUUCACUUCAAGAUACCUUGCAUUAAAGGAUCAUGGUAGACAGUUUAAUAGUUUCUUUGAGACUUCUCAGUUCCCUAGCAGUGUUGGGAUUUCAGUUUGUCAUCCCACAGCCUUCAAUUGAACACAGAAAGGUUCCCCAGAGGAUAGAAGAGCAAGGAGAUGCGUCUGAGGACAGCGGUGCGGGAAUCCCAGGCAUGUGGGGCAACUGGGGCCCCUGGUCUGCCUGCUCCCGGAGCUGCAGUGGAGGUGUGAUGGAGCAGACGCGGCCCUGCCUCCCCGCCUAUUACCGGGAUCGGGAUCGGGGGUACCGGCGCCCGGGGCGGCAGUUCCCGGCCUCGGACAGGACUCACCACAGCUCCCACCACGAGGACUCGCUCUCUGCCUAUCCCGGCCACGUCAUUUCUGCCAUCCGCACAUCCGUGCCGCUCCACAGGAACGAGGAGCAGCUUUGGGCUGGGCUUCGUGCCCCUGCCCCUGCCGGGGGCCGGAACAGCAGCCACGGGGGCAGGGGGACCCCGAGGGGCAGCCGGCACUCCCAGAACCAGCAGCAUUCCCAGAACCAGCGGCACAGCGCCCAGGCGGAAAAGAGGAGCAGAAACAGAAAUCCUAUUGGUCCAGGAAAGUACGGGUAUGGAAAAGUGCCGUACAUUUUACCUUUACAAACUGACACUGGUCAGCAGCCUCAGAAGCUCCGGAGGCAGCGGCAGUCCUCGAGGAGCCACAUGUUCCAUCCAAGCCCGAGUCUCCUGAGCACCUACAGCCAAGCAGCUGGGCCUCCAGUCCAACAUGGGAACCUUUAUCAAGAGGCAAGUGGGCCUCAGGCAGGACAUCAGGUCCUGGGACCCUCAGUUUAUCAGUCACCAUCGUUUCCUGCGUCUCAAAGUCUGUUCCAGAGCAGUGAUCCCAACCCUGUGUCAGCCCAGGCCCUGCAGGGGCAGCCCCAGCCCCAAAGGGCCGCGGCCAUCGUGUGUGUCGGCACCUACAAGCAGUACAAACUCUGCAACACCAUUAUGUGUCCUGAAAGCAGCAGAAAUAUUAGAGAGGUGCAAUGUGCAUCAUACAAUAACAAGCCAUUUAUGGGUCGAUUUUAUGAAUGGGAACCUUUUGCAGAAGUGAAGGGAAGCCAGAAGUGUGAGCUGAACUGCCGGGCCAUCGGGUACCGCUUCUACGUGCGGCAGGCGGAGACGGUGAUCGACGGCACCCCCUGCGACCAGAACGGCAGCGCCAUCUGCGUGGCAGGGCAGUGCAAGAGCAUUGGCUGUGACGACUAUCUGGGUUCUGACAAGGUGAUUGACAAGUGUGGAAUAUGUGGAGGGGACAACACUGCUUGCAAGGUGGUGUCUGGAGUUUUCAAACACACGCUAACAAAUCUUGGCUACCACAAGAUAGUGGAAAUUCCUGAAGGAGCUACUAAAAUCAACAUUACUGAGAUGUCAAAGAGCAACAACUAUUUGGCCCUGCGGAGCCGCUCGGGACGGUCCAUCAUCAAUGGGAACUGGGCGAUCGAUCGGCCCGGCAGAUACGAAGGUGGUGGGACAAUGUUCACCUACAGGCGCCCAAACGAGAUCUCCAGCACUGCAGGGGAGUCCUUUCUAGCAGAUGGCCCAACAAAUGAAGUCCUUGAUGUCUAUAUGAUACAUCAGCAGCCUAACCCAGGUAUCCAUUACGAGUAUAUCAUUCCAGGAGACAAUGUCAUUAGUCCUCAGCUGCUUGCUCACAGGAGGCCAGGGGAGCCGUUGAAUGGUCAGUUGGGAAUGCCAGAAGGUACAAGCCAUGAGGAUGAGGAUUUGCACAGAGAGACAGACAUUCUCACUGGACAGUCAGCUGGAACUUUUCCAGUUAUUCAGCCAGGAAGAUUUCCUUCUCAUCAGCCAGAAAACCAGGUGCCUGCUAUGCAACAGCCAAGGCAAAACCGAGAACACAACUGGAAACAGGUUGGAAAAACUGAGUGCACUACUACCUGUGGGAAAGGAUCACAGUACCCAAUUUUCCACUGUGUCAACAGAAUCACUCACGAGGAGGUUCCCGAGGGUUACUGUGACAGCAGUACCAAGCCCAUCCCAGAAGAGGAGGCCUGCAACCUCUUCCCAUGUCCAGCUUUCUGGGACAUAGGGGAGUGGUCUGAGUGCAGCAAAACCUGUGGCCUGGGGAUGCAGCACCGCCAGAUCCUGUGCCGGCAGAUCUACGCCAACCGCACCCUGACGGUGCAGCAGUACCGCUGCCACCACCUGGAGAAACCUGAGACCACCAGCACCUGCCAGCUCAAGAUCUGCAGUGAAUGGCAGAUCAGGACAGAGUGGACCUCAUGUUCAGUGCCUUGUGGAGUGGGGCAGAGGACUCGGGAUGUGAAGUGUGUCAGCAACCUUGGGGACGUUGUUGAUGACGAGGAGUGUAACAUGAAGCUGCGGCCAAACGACAUCGAGAACUGUGACAUGGGCCCCUGUGCCAAGAGCUGGUUCCUCACAGACUGGAGUGACAGGUGCUCGGCCGAGUGCGGGGCCGGGAUCCGCACGCGCUCCGUGCUCUGCAUGACCAACCACGUCAGCAGUUUGCCUCUGGAAGGCUGUGGCAACAACAGACCCUCGGAAACGACCCCCUGUAAUAAUGGACCCUGUGCUGGGAAAGUGGAGUGGUUUGCUGGGGGCUGGACACAGUGCUCUUCUGAAUGUGGCAGUGGAACUCAACAGAGAGAAGUCAUUUGUGUUAGGAAAACUGAAGGUAAUUUUGAUGUUUUGGACCCCUAUGAAUGUUCCUAUUUGGAAAAACCUCCCAUCCAGCAAUCCUGCUACCUCAAACCGUGUGGAUCCAAGUGGUUUCAUACAGAGUGGAGCACAUGUUCCAAAUCGUGUGAGGGAGGAUUUCGGGUCCGGGAGGUCCGGUGUCUGUCCGAUGACAUGGCAGCCAGUUCUCAGUGUGACCCACAGCUGAAACCCGAGGAGAAAGAGCCCUGUAACACACAGGAUUGUGUCCCUGAAAUAGAUGAGAACUGCAAAGAUAAAUACUACAACUGCAACGUGGUGGUUCAGGCCAGGCUCUGUGUCUACACCUACUACAAAACAGCCUGUUGUGCAUCCUGUACCCGUGUGGCAAACAGACAGUCGGGGUUCCUGGGCCGGAGAUAACAAACACUCUGCUCAAAGCAGCCAUGGCAGGCUGCACGUGGAGCUGGAACAGUGUUACUGCUCUGACUGCAGCAGUUUUAGCUUCUUAGAGAUGGGGGUUUGUGUUGCUGAGUGCAUCAAGACUAUGGUUAAAUCUCACACCCUUUCAGUUAUUGUGCAGUUAUCUCUUUUGUUUGUUGUAAAACCAUGAUCUUUUUAAAGCAUUAGUUGCUAAUGAUACUAUUAUUUGCACCUGCUCAUCAGAUAAUUUAUUUAAGGAACAUACCAGCCUUAAUAUUGUGAAAUUAAUGAAAACUGAAUCAAUUGCGGCAAUUACUGGAGAUAGUUGACCAGUAUGGAUGCAGCUGCUGCAUUACUUUCUGAGUGCUUACUUUUACUUGGUGUUUUGGACUGCCUUAAAUUAGAUGACUAAAUCAAUGAAGCAUGCACAUGAGAAAAAUUAUUUCCCAAAGAACCAGACCCUUGAAGACCCAUUUGUCAGCAGUUUCUUAGCACUCUAACAUAUGUUUUUAAUUACUUCAGUCCAUUCAUAAUUAGAGUCACUGUUAAGCUCUCUCAGUUGUACUUUUGACUAAUGUCCUGUCCUCAGGCAGUAAAUAUAUACACACUUGACUGCCAAAAA